UAACAAAACCAGCAACAAACAUCAUGACAUUUAACUCAUUUAUGUUUGCUGUAUGAAUUUUCUUCUGUUGAAAUGAUCAAAUAGAAAUGUGAGUGUUAAGAUUUAUAAGUAUUGUGCUCUCAUUUAUAUUUGAUUUGUUUCACUUUUAUUGUUGUGAGCCAGCCAAUCACAUUGCAGAGUGUAUGUCAUGUGACCUAAUCAGUGACUGAAUUUUCAUUUUCAUGAUGGUAGUUUGUGAAGUUGUUACAGGAUAAAUUUCCAACCAUUUGGAACGAGAAUCUACCAAAAUCUUUCUCAAGGGUCCUGUAUAAUCCACGUGUGACCAGCAGACAUCAGAUGAUCACAGCCAGAACGCUUGUGUCGAUGGUGCCGGCCGGUGAUCAGACCCACAUUCUGUGUCUGAGCUGUGAUACGAGACAGAGCUGUGAUCAGACCUCAUAUCUGAUCAUGUGACAGUCUUUGUGUCUGUAAUGUCUCUCCUUACACACUUACGUGCUACAACCUGCAGGUUAAGGACACAGGUGCUCUUUCCUAUGAUGUUUGACGCAGUGCACUGAUACAGGCCGGAUGUGCUGGUGAUGAUGUUUCUCAGUGUCCCUGCAUCUGAUCUGAGAACAGCACCAUCAGUUAUCUUAUACAUUUCAUUCAUCUGCACAUUCAACACACACUUUAGAUUUCAGUGGAGAAAAUAAAGAAACUGUGAAUAAUGUUUCUAUUGUCUAUGACACACUGCAGAAUAACUGUAAUAACACAAAUGUCCUGUAGGUGGCAGUGGAGGCGGAGUUUUCUUUACAUCUUUUAAUGUAUAAUGUCUGAUAAUUAUCUUGAUAUUUUGUCUUUUUAUUCAAUGAAAUGUUUAUGUUAGCACAAUUAUAUUUUAUGUACAAUUAAUCUUUUAAACUAAAAGUGUGUGUUUUUUAAGACCUCGCUGUGUUUAUUAAAUCAAACACUUGAUAAAGUUCACACUAUGAUAAAUACAUGAAUGUAAAUGUAGUUCACACAAAUAAUAAAAUAUCACUUAGUCUACAUUAUAUUAAACUCAUAUGACUUUAUUAGGCUUACAUUAGUUAAACAAAAGAGGAGUAAUUUUGAUUUGAGUUUAAUUAUUGUUAAUGCUGAUGUGCUCUUUGUUUCAUGCAGUGAAUGUAAACAUAUUGACUCACAUUAAUGAUUAAGUCUCGUUUAUAAAUUAAAUCUGUUAAAUUAUUUGUAAUCAGAUGUUUAAUGUUUGUUUACUGUCAGCAGAGGGAGAAACACCUCAAACACUUCCUCAUACAAUAGUGACGUCACAGAUGAAAGUGAAAGUAAAUUGUUUCGUGUUUAUCUUCCGCCAUUUUAAACAGGUAGAGUUGAUUUCUUAACAUACCGAUGAUCAAAGUGAUUAAUAUAACAUGUAUAAACAGCUUUACAGGUAUUUUUGUGUGUGUAGUUGAUGUAAAAGUUGUAGUAUUUUGAGAAAGUGAAUCCAGUCAGAUUGUGAUGACAGCGAGUGUUCAGGUGUGUUCAGUAUCAGUUGUGGAGAUCAGAUUGAUCAGAUUCACCUCUGCAGCUCCAUCAUGGGUCAAACACAAACAUCUCCAGGAUGCAGUUCAGAUCAUCAGAAGAGAUCAGAUUCAGAGAUCAGUUGUGUGUCUAUGAAGAGUGAUGAGUCUAUGAAACAUCCAAUAAAGUUUAAGAGUGAAGAGACACGGCCUGUUAGAAGUUCAGAUCAUCAGAAGAGAUCAGAUUCAGAGUUCAGCUGUGUGUCUAUGAAGAGUGAUCUGUCUAUGGAUCUGCCAAUAUACUUUAAGAGUGAAGAAACACAGCCUGCACACAGACGAAUCAUAACAGAACCCGACUGUAAGGGGAGGAAGAUUGAGCAAUUUGGGAAUAAACUACAAGACUUCAAUAAAAACAUGAGUCCUCAUUUCAGUCAUGACUCUGAUCUUGCUGAAGUCCUGAACACAUUCAGAUCAAAUCUGAGGAAGAAGUUUGAGUGUUUGUAUGAGGUAACAUCAAAUAAGAGAAACCCAACACUACUGAAUGAGAUCUACACAGAGCUCUACAUCACAGAGAGUGAAAGUGGAGAGAUCAGUAAUGAACAUGAGGUGAGACAGAUUGAGACACAAUCCAGAAGAACAACAACAGAGGAGACACCAAUCAAAUGUGAUGACAUCUUUAAACCUUUACCUGAACAAGACAAACACAUCAGAAGUGUGCUGACAAAGGGAGUCGCUGGCAUUGGAAAAACAGUCUCUGUACAGAAGUUCAUUCUGGACUGGGCUGAAGAGAAAGAGAAUCAGGACGUCCACCUCAUAUUUCCACUUCCUUUCAGAGAGAUCAAUUUGAUGAAGAACAAAACACUCAGUCUUUUAGAUCUUCUUCAUCUUUUCUUCCCACAAACAAAAGAAAUGGAAAUCUUCAGUGAUGAAUAUAAAGUGUUGUUCAUCUUUGAUGGUUUGGAUGAGUGUCGUCUGUCUCUGGAUUUUCACAGCAGUGUGAGGUUGUGUGAUGUAAGUGAAUCAAGCUCAGUGGACGUGAUGCUGACAAACCUCAUCAAGGGGAAUCUGUUUCCAUCUGCUCUCAUCUGGAUCACCUCCAGACCAGCAGCAGCUGAUCUCAUCCCCUCUGAGUGUGUUGAUCGAGUCACAGAGGUACGAGGAUUCACUGAUCCACAGAAGGAGGAAUACUUCAGGAAGAGAAUCAGUGAUGAGAGUCUGUCUGAUCAAAUCAUCUCACACCUGAAGUCAUCCAGGAGUCUCUACAUCAUGUGUCACAUCCCAGUCUUCUGCUGGAUUUCAGUCACUGUUCUAGAGAGAAUGUUCAGUGAAUCAGAGAGAAGAGAGAUCCCCAAGACUCUUACUCAAAUGUACACACACUUCCUGAUCAUUCAGACAAACAUCAAACAUCAGAAGGACUAUGAGAAGAAAGAUGAAGACAUGAUCUUCAAACUGGGGAAACUGGCUUUUGAGCAGCUUGUGAAAGGCAAUCUGAUCUUCUAUGAUGAAGACCUGAGAGAGUGUGACAUUGAUGUAGCAGAAGCAUCAGUGUACUCAGGAUUGUGUACUCAGAUCUUCAGAGAGGAGUUUGGUUUGUAUCAGGGGAAAGUUUACUGCUUUGUUCAUCUCAGCAUCCAGGAACAUCUAGCAGCUCUUUAUGCUCACAUUUCCAUCACAAUCAACAAACAAUAUGUGUUUAAACCAGGUCGGUUUUCUAAAGUUUUGGGCAGAUUAAAACAUAAAUCACCAGAAGAGGAUUCAUUAUCUGAGUUACAUCAUCGAGCUGUAAAUGAAACUUUAAAGAGUAAGAAUGGACAUCUGGAUCUUUUCCUGCGUUUUCUUCUGGGUCUUUCACUGGAGUCCAAUCAGAUUCUCUUACAGGAUCUACUGACACAGAUGAGAAGAUGCUCCUACAAGAAAGAGAAAACUGUUAAGUACAUUAAAGAGAAGAUGAAUGAGAAUCUGUCUCCAGAGAAAUCCAUCAAUCUGAUUCACUGUCUGAAUGAACUGGGUGAUGAUUCACUGCUGCAGGAGAUUCAACAUUAUGUGAAAUCUUCAUCAGUAGGAGAGACCAAACUCUCCUCUUCACAGUGGGCAGCUUUAGUUUUUGUGUUGUUGACGUCUGAGCAGCAUUUGGAUGAACUUGAUCUAAAUAAAUUUAUUGGAUAUAAAAAUAAAGCAGAUGAAGUUCUUGUGAAACUGCAGCCUGUGAUUAAAGAAACCAAAAAACUGAAGUUUUGUGGUUGUAAUAUCACAGAUGAAGGUUGUGUUGCUCUGACUUCAGCUCUGAGAUCAAACCCAUCACACCUGAGAGAACUGAAUCUGUUUGAUAAUAAUCUCACAGAUUCAGGAGUGAAGCUGAUCUCUGAUCUACUGAAGAAUCCUGACUGUAAACUGAAGAUACUGAGGUUGAGUGGUUGUUAUAUCACAGAUGAAGGUUGUGUUGCUCUGACUUCAGCUCUAAGAUCAAACCCAUCACACCUGAGAGAACUGAAUCUGUCCUAUAAUAAACUAAAAGAUUCAGGAGUGAAGCUGAUCUCUGAUGUACUGAAGAAUUCUGACUGUAAACUGGAGAGACUGUGGUUGAUCAGGUGUUUUACCACAGAUGAAGGUUGUGUUGCUCUGACUUCAGCUCUGAGAUCAAACCCAUCACACCUGAGAGAUCUGGAUCUGUCUGAGAAUAAACUCACAGAUUCAGGAGUGAAGCUGAUCUCUGAUCUAAAAGAUGAUCCACAUUAUAAACUAGAGACAGUACGGACUGAUUAUCAGAGACGUUAAAGAUGUAAAGAUGUCUGAUCUUCAGUAUGAUCUGCUGGUGAAUAAGAAGACACAAUAGUGACAUCACUUCCUCUUAACCGUAUGAGUUGAUUAUUCAGUACAGGAUCUGAUCUGUGACUUUAUUUAAAUCUGACUUUGAAGUGUUGGAGGUAAAUCUUCAUCCUAACUCAGCUUCUGUCUACACAUUUCCUAUAAGAGCGAUUUAUCAGUCAGUGUAAGAGGAGCAAGAAAUCUCAUAGGAUCAUAAACUGAAGUAAAUACUGACAAGAUUCCUCUUCUUCUACACUGUUGGGGUUUUUAACUUCAUCUUAAACUGAAAUGUGUUCAAGUUCAGCAAAACAUUGAAGACUUGCAGCUCAUUUAUCUAUAAAUCCAAAUAUUGGACGUCUUUGCUUUUGUGUUCUUCAGGAUCUGACUGCAGGACUUUUUGAUGAUUAUCUGAUCAAUUAAAAAAAAAGUUCAGACACUGAAUGAAAU